GCGACACGGCCACUCCGGGGAACAACCGCGCCACACUUGCUGUCUGGAGUCCGCUAGGCGUUCCCAGGCUUAUAAGCACGUUUAAAUUAAUUUGAGGCUUCCAGUCGGACCAACAUUCAUGCACUAUGAGUUUGUUUGGAACAAGCUCCGGCUUUGGGACAGGAGGGACCGGUGUGUUUGGAAGCACGACAACAGACAGCCACAACCCCAUGAAGGAUGUUGAAGUGACUUCUCCUCCAGAUGACAGCAUCAGCUGCCUGGCUUUCAGUCCUCCCACCAUGCCAGGCAACUUCCUCAUUGGAGGAUCCUGGGCCAACGAUGUCCGGUGUUGGGAGGUACAGGACAACGGACAGACUGUCCCCAAAGCCCAACAGAUGCACACGGGUCCAGUCCUGGAUGCAUGCUGGAGCGAUGAUGGGAGUAAAGUUUUCACUGCUUCCUGUGACAAGACAGCCAAGAUGUGGGAUCUUAACAGCAACCAAGCAAUGCAGAUUGCACAGCAUGAUGGUCCAAUUAAAGCAAUUCACUGGAUAAAAGCCCCAAACUACAGCUGCAUCAUGACCGGCAGCUGGGACAAAACACUGAAGUUCUGGGAUACCCGCUCUGCCAAUCCAAUGAUGUCACUGCAGAUGCCAGAGAGAUGCUACUGUGCAGAUGUCGUGUACCCCAUGGCGGUGGUUGCCACAGCUGAAAGAGGCCUGAUAGUGUACCAGUUAGAGAACCAGCCCUCUGAGUUUCGCAGAAUAGAUUCUCCGCUCAAACAUCAGCAUCGCUGUGUUGCCAUAUUCAAGGACAAGCAGAACAAGCCAACAGGUUUUGCACUGGGAAGCAUUGAGGGCCGAGUGGCAAUCCACUACAUCAAUCCUCCAAACCCAGCCAAAGACAACUUCACCUUCAAGUGCCACAGAUCCAAUGGAACCAACACAACCACUCCACAGGACAUCUAUGCUGUGAACGCCAUCUCUUUCCAUCCUGUUCAUGGCACACUGGCCACUGUGGGCUCAGACGGACGCUUCAGCUUCUGGGACAAAGACGCCCGCACCAAGUUGAAGACUUCCGAGCAGCUCGACCAGCCCAUCACAGCUUGCUGCUUCAACCACAAUGGAAACAUCUUUGCAUAUGCUUCUAGUUACGACUGGUCAAAGGGCCACGAGUACUACAACCCCCAGAAAAAGAACUACAUCUUUCUGAGGAACGCUGCCGAGGAGCUGAAGCCUCGGAACAAGAAAUGAUUCGUCGUGCCAAGUCGCAUCUCUUGUGGGGAAAUGCGGAAGACCUGCUGCUUUAGUGUGUGUAUACGCUCGACACAGACUCCUUCUUUUCGGCAAACACCUGGACCAAUGCCGUGGUGCUGUGUACUGUGCAUGGACCAAUCAGAGGGGCCUACCCAACUGGCAUUGAUGACAGCUGCAUGACAAUUGGUCUUAGAAGUCAUCAUAGAAGGGGGAGGGUUUCAUUUGUCAUUCAUUUUGAUGUUUUCAUUACUAUAUGUCCAGCUCCUUGUUUUUUGUUUUUUUUACAGCUUUCCAAAGGGUUUUCAAUUUCUUAUGAUUUGCUGUUACUGAUGGUUUAGCUCCAUUCAUGAAACUGGGAUGUAAAAUAAAUACGUGCAUACUCUUAGAUUCGAACAUGUUUAUUCCAGUUUAAAGGAGUAAGUAGGUUAAAAAAUAACCUAUGUGUUUGCUGUAUAAAAUGUUUGUUGGGCCAUUAACCAAACUGUAUUGUGCAUGCGAAGACAUCACCGUCAAACUUCACCACUAUCUCGUAAUUCAGCUGUUAAUCUCUCCGUGAUGUGGGUUUCUGACAUUGGAAUCAUCAUAAACUGAAAAAAAGAUAAACACUGAACUAAAUCUGUAA